AUGAAGAACCCCCUUUUAGCCGGAGGGGGGGAAAGGCGAGAUGGCUCGAUUGCCUUGCCAGCGCUGCAGAAGUUGUUGCAGCUGGCUUACUCUGAGGACACCGACCAGCAACUGCAGGCAGUGAUGGGCAUCUCGAAGAUGAUCGAGCGACAUCCUGCGGACGCGUCCUCCUUUGGCCCCCUCUGCCACACCCUCUCGAGGCUCGCGGCAAGCGAGCACCGGGCGGUCGUAGCGUACGCCGCGCGGGGCAUCAAGCUGCUGGUUCUGAACGACGCCCUGCGGCCGCAGGCCACGGUGGCCGGGAUCCCCUCGGUGCUGGCGGCGGCGCUGAGGGAGUGGGAGGACGAUGCGCCUUGCCUGAGAGAGAUCUUGGGGGCUUUGCAAACCCUCUGCUGCGACGCGGCGACGGUGCUCCCUGUCGUCGAUGCUGGCGCAUUGGCAUCGGUCCUGGAGUUGCUAGACACGAGCAACAUGGAGCUAAGAGUUUUGGCGACGGCCAUAGCGGCGAACGUGCUGUCCUUCUCGGACAGCCUUCUGCUGACGAACGAGGAAUGCAUUGACGGCAUCUCCGACUCCAUGGGGAUACUGCUGGAUGCGGUCAAGAGCCGAGACGGCGCAAUCCGCGACUACGGCCUGGCGGCGUUGGCCAACGCCUGUGCGCACCCGGUCCUCGCUGGCUGCGCGAAGGAGCUCGGGGCGCUGGAGCUCCUGCGGAGAAAUUUCUUGCAGGACAAGGUCUCCACGGAGGCGUCGGGGAGAUGGCGGGGAGGGGGGCGGCUGCUCCGCUCACGGUUCGGCCAAAGACAGAAGGCGGAGACGGCCGUGGCGCGGCUGAACGGGGCCGGUUUCGGCGGCGACGGGGGGGGAGGAGGGGGGGACGUAGAGGAAGGGGGGG